AUGCCCACAGAACUCGAGGAGCUCGUUGAGUUCCUUCAUCAUGGCAAUACCCAGAUACGGCAGACCGCGGCGGAGAAUCUCCUCCCAUACUCCAAAAUCCAGCCAGCGAUUUUUAAAACCGCCAAGCUCAUACCGGUGAAAGAUCUGAAGCUGUUGGUCAAGGACUACGCUGCUAUAGCAAAGAAUGCCCUCACGAUCCUCAUCAACAUCUCCAAGGAUCCAGACGUGCUUGGGCUUCUAGCUGAGGAUGAUGCCUUCCUCGAGACGCUGCUUGUACGAGUAACAAACUCCAAAGAACCAAACGCCGAUCCAAUCUCCAUGCUGCUAGCGAACCUCUCGAAGUCCCCUUCUAUAACCCGCCUCGUCACACUCACUCGAACAACGGUGCCCGCACUCUCUCCAUCAAAGCUGGCUGUUACGCAGCUGCUUGAGCUGUUCAAUAAGGGUGCCGAAGGCGGGUAUAACCCGGAGGCGAGAUUUGAUUAUUUGGCGUGGUUUUUUGGGGAUUUGGCCAAGGAUCCAGCAUUCGUAGCUUACCUCACGACCCCACCCUCCCACUCCACCCUCGACCCUCUGACGACGUUCCUCCCCCACACCACGUCCCCCUCCCCCAUCCGUCGCCUCGGCACCGCCUCUCUCCUCAAAAAUACCGCACUCCUACAUACCGAUAUACCAUACCUCCUUCAACCUGCAGCAUCCGUGCUGCCACCGAUCUUACUACCACUCUGCUCAUCGGAUCAAGAGGCCUUAAGUGAAGUGGAGAUGGACAGUCUGCCCGAGGUGUGUCAGUAUUUGGGGGAUGAGCAUGUGCGGGAGAAGGAUGUGAAGAUUUUGAAAAUCCAUCUGGAGACGCUGUUUCUACUCAGUACGAGGGGUGGGGUUGAGGGUGCACGGCUAGUCAAAGAGUCAGGCAUGUAUCCAGUGAUCAGGGAGCUACAUCUAGAAGUCGAGGACGAAGGAGUCAGGAGGGGAUGUGAGAGGUUAGUGGAUGUGCUGAUGGGUGAUGAGGCCGCUGGGGGGAGUCAUGAGGUUGUGGAUGGGAAGAGAGAUGGGAACGUGGGAAGAGUGGGCGAUGCGAGGUCUGAGGAUAUGGGUGGUGGAGUGGGGAGGAUGGUGACGCAGGUGAUGGAUGGUGAGGAGGACGAUGAGGAUGAUGAGAUUGUGCCUAUAUUCUAG